CAAUUCCAGUGUUACUGUCAGUGAUAUCUGUUAUUUUUUAUAUUCUUUAUUUGUUUGUUUACUGUGGUGAGCAGAACAGAGCAGAAGAAGAAUUUUAGCUUAAAACGUUUAUAAUUUGCAAUUACAUAAAAAUGGAAGAACAAGUAAAAAAUGCACCAAAAAUAAACGAAUCCGAUGAUUACAAAGCUAUAAUAGACAAUGUACUUUCACAAGCUGAAGACCUGUUUACAACAGAAGGUGUGAAUAAGAAUGUUGUGGAACAGUUACGAAAAAUAUGGCUUUCAAAAUUCGAGAAUGUUAAACCUGUUCAAGGGCAACAACAGUCUUCAGGAUGCUCACUUGAUGGUUCUCUAACACAUUCUUUUCAAAAUAAUCUGACCCUAAACCAAGCAGUGCCACUUCAACUAGAUGGGGCUCUGGACUCAUCAGAUGAUGAGAAUGGGGCGUCAAGCGACGAUGGAGUUUCAGAAGAUAAUGACGAAGACAAAGACCCAGAUGAUCAUGAUAUGGACGAUGGAGGUCCGGAAGAAGAACCUUUGGGUUCAGAAGAUGAUAUUACUGAUGAAGAAGAUCCAUCAGAUUUAUUUGACACUGAUAAUGUUAUAGUCUGCCAGUAUGAAAAGAUAACUAGAAUACGAAAUAAAUGGAAGUUUCAUCUUAAAUAUGGAAUCAUGAAUCUAAACGGUGAGGAUUAUGUAUUUCAAAAAGCUGAUGGAGAUGCUGAAUGGUAAUUGGGUAAUUGUUUAUCAUAUCAUUCACUGUUAUAUGUAGAGUCUCAAGUUUGGUAUUUAUAUCUCCACUAUUCUUGUUGAGAUCUUUUGUCUAUACAAAUACAAUUCAAUACUAAAAAUGCCAAGUUUCUAAAUUUGUACCUCUAGAAACCUAGAUAAAUAAUUAGAUGUUAGUUUUUCACAUUUUAUACAUACAAGAAAUUGUUUAUUAGUUU